GGGCACAGGUGGGUGGCACUGGUGGGCACAGGUGGGUGGCACUGCUGGGCACAUGUAGGUGGCACUUCUGGGCACAGGUGGGUGCACUGCUGGGCACAGGUGGGUGCACUGCUGGGCACAGGUGGGUGCACUUAUGGGCACGGAUGGGCGGAGCUAGUGGGCGCACUGCUGGGCGGAACUUGCGGGUGGCACUGCUGGGCACCGAUCAUCAGGGCACUGAUCAUCAGUGGCCCUGAUGAUUGGUGCCGAUCCUCGCUCUGACAACUGCCGGUUCUCGGCAGUACUUUCCUCACGAUCUGACAGCGUGAGGAAAGUGCAGCCGAGAACCGGCACUUGCAU